AUGAGUCUGUCUAGGGAGGAAAAAAAACUUCUAUAUGAAUCAUUACAACAACAGGGGCAAAGUCAAAAAUUGGCUGAAGUCAGUGAGGCAAAAAGUCUUUUUGCAGGUUUAAUGAAUCUUGAGCAUGAAACUGGUUAUAGAGGAGAACAUAU